AUGUCCUUCCAAUCGCCUGUCUCGAAAUGUACGACUAUAAUUCCAUCGCUUGGUGAACUCCAAGGACUCCAAUACACAAAUGGAGUGCAGCAGUUCUGCGGAAUCCCCUACGCUCAGUUGACCAAGCGAUGGACAAGAUCAACGCUGAAUACUGCUUGGAAGGACUCCAAGCAUGAUGGAACUAGGCUGGGAAACAACUGUCCUCAUCCGACUUCCGAGGACGAAUCCGACGACCUUGUUCCAGUCCCUCCAGCUGCCCACUUAAAAAAUCCUCCAAGAGUAGACGAACUGACCGGCCUUGUCAUGAACAUCGCCAUCCCACCAAAGUCAACCAAUCCUGAGAAAAAAUAUCCAGUAAUGGUCUACGUCCAUGGAGGCUCUUUGCUCUACGGAGGUGCCAACCUCCCCAUCUUCGACGCGGUGAACCUCGUCUCCCAGAGCACCGAAAUGGGCACGCCAAUCAUCUGCGUCAACUUCAACUACCGCGUCGGUCUAGGCGGAUUCCUAGCCAGCAACGCAAUACAGCGCGAGCUAACAGAAGACGGAUUCCACGGCUGCGGCAAUUUCGGUUUCACGGACCAGCAAGUUGCCUUUGAGUGGGUGCAGCGGUAUAUCGACGCCCUGGGUGGCGAUCCAGACAAUGUCACUGCUGUUGGCGAGUCUGCUGGUGGGAUUUCAAUAAGCAACCAGAUUUCUGCUGCGAAUCCGCCGCGUUUCCGUCGUGCAGUAUGUAUGUCUGGUCUGUCCGUGUCGAUUCCGCCGUGGACGAUGGAGCAACACGGGGCGCUGUUUCAGGCCGUUUGCCGGUAUUUCCGCAUUGACUCGUCGCGGUCUGAUGUGCUUGGCUGUCUUCGAGAGAUACCACAGCAGGACCUUGCGAAUGCAACGCCUAUAAUACAGGGCGUGCUAUCUGGGACGGGGAAUCCAUGUCUGGACGGGUGGUUUUAUAAGAACGAUACUGACCCAUGUGAGAUCCAGAGGGCACCAUCGUGGCUUGAAGCUUUAAUGAUAGGUGACACCUACCACGAAGGGAUCAUAUUCCAUUUGAACAUCCCAGACGACAGUUUCGACUCAAUCCGUCAGAUUAUGGUAGAGCAUAUCAGAUCGGAAAGCGAAGUGGACCAAAUACUUACAGGGUAUGGUAUUACCCCAGACAUCCCUCAACGCGUCCUCAUCGAACGAGUCGAACAUAUGUGCGGGGACGCAAUAUUCAAGAUCCCCAACUAUGCCACUGUGCUUGCCAAUUCGCAUCUUGCAAAUCAGGGCGCCCUCUUCAUGUACCACUUUGACCAGCGCUCGCGACUCAAGAACGCGCUGGAAGGGACGGCGUACCAUGCUCAUGAACUGCUCUAUCUGUUCCAGAAUCUUACUAAUGAGAUGGAUGAAGGCGAGAAAGCUAUGGCGAGGAAUUUUGCUGCUGCUUGGAUCAUGUUUUGUAAUGGCCAGGCGCCGUGGACGGCCCGUGGGCCUGAAAGAGAGUGGAAGGUUUGGGGUCCAGAGAGUGUCAAGGCUAUGCGGACAGAAGAGCAGGAUGAAGACAUUCGCUCGUAUACGGGAAUGCAGCGGAUGCUAUCUAUGGGUGGGGGAGAGACGUGGAAACGAUGGCUUUCUGGAGUUGAUGCUUUGGUAAAUAAGAGAAUGAAUAUGGGGAAAGCUGCCUAG